UUUUUCUUUUUUUUUUUUUUAUAUCUCAUUUCUGAAUAUAAAGUAGAUAAAAAACAAGAUAUUAAUGAAACAACACUCAUUAUUAUCCAAGAUGGAUGAUAUGCCCUUGAGCGCGUCCCUUCAAUUAAAACAAGAAAACAAAUCCACAUAUGAUUGCACUUUGGAAUGGAUGAUUAGUUCACGCUCCUCUACCAAUCAAGAUUCUUCUGUGUCAUAUGAAUCUAAUGAAAAUGAUGCUGUAUUAAUGGAUAAUACCGAUAUGCAAAUACUCAAGUUUGCUGAAAAACAAGAUUUAGAUCCUUAUAUAAUUGAUUCUCAAGAUUCUUCUAUUUUCAAAAAUGAAUCAAUCGUGGAUCAUCAACAUGAUGAAGAUAUUGAUAAACGUGGAAACCCUCAAGCAUGUAUUUUUGUGGCAAGAAUAGAUUAUCCUAACGCUUUAUAUCACUUUUUCUUUUUUAUGAUUAGUCUCAAUAAGCAAAAAACUGGUGAAGAAUUAAAUAUAUCGGUCUAUAAUCACUUUAUGCAAUGGGGAAAACUUAUCAAUGUUAAGGUGCUUAAAGAUUGGAUGGAAAGACCUUAUGCCUUUGUACAAUUUGAACGAACAAGUGAUGCAGAUUUGGCAUUAAAACAAGCACCUGGAACUAUACUAGAUGGAAGAAGCAUUCGCUGUGAAGCUGCAAGAGUGAAUCGUACCUUGUUUUUAACCUCUCAUUUCAAUGAUCCUUUGGAAAAAGAGGAAAUUUUACGUGUACUCUCUGUUCAUGGUCCUAUUGAAAACGUUUCUGUGGAAUAUGAUGUUCUGGCUACUUCUGCUUUUGUGAAAUUUUGUUACAGAGAUGAUGCUAUCAAGGCUUAUUUGUCAUUACAAUUAUCAUCCAUCAAACGUUGGUCAGUUGAAUGGGCUUCAAACCUGAAUUCUAGUCCGGAAGUCACUUUUGACAAGUCUUGCAUCUAUAUUGGAAAUCUGGAUAAAUCCAUUACCAAAGUCGAUAUCCAGGAUCGGUUUAGUCAUUAUGGUACUAUUAGAAAUAUCAACAUUGUUAAACAGGAGAAUGCUCGUUACAAGACUGCCUUUGCAUUCGUCAAAUACACCAAUUACGCUGAUGCUACCAAGGCCAUUGAAGCAGAGAAUGGUCAAACUUGGCACAAACAUAUAUUACAAGUCUCCUAUCGUGAAACCCGUAAGUCUAAUGGUAUUGUCCUUUCAACAAAACGAAACGAUGGAUUAGUGUCCCGGUCAAAGGAUACUUUCCUUGGUGGUUCCCAUACUCCUUUUUAUCGACCACAACCAUAUCCACCAGGUCUUGGAAUACCUGCAGCGACUUCAUAUAUGUACGGUACUCAUGUAUCAUCACCCAAUAUGCAACACUUUAACAAUAUCAAUUUUACAAGAUCAUCGGCCAUGAUGAUGACCGCCACUGGAUCUCCACCUCUUUGUCAACAUCAAGAACAGCAUUUCCAACAUCGCGAUCAGGAUCAGCAACAACAACAACAUUAUCAAUACCCACAUUUAACUGAUCAGACAAUGUACUAUGCAUCAGCGGCUUUUGCAAUCAACAGUGGUUUGGUACCUCCUACAGCAACAACCACAACAACCGCAGCAAUAGCAAGUGAUCAAUGUUUGCAUAUGCAAGAUAUGACUGAUACUGGAUAUGAACCUUAUCACACUUCUUAUGAUGGUCAUUCUCACUUGCCGUACAGCAAUGGAUUACAGACAAUGACAUAUGGCAAUUCUGCGACUGCUCCAGAUAUGAUGGAUCAUAAUGCAACAGAUAGUAGUUAUUGUUGGUAUGGGCCAUUACCUUACGACAUGAAUUCCUCUUUUUAUCAUAUGCAUCCACAUGCGGGUUAUUAUUUUGCGUCUUCUCCAGGAGUUGGUUCGAUUGUGCCUAACAUGAUUCCUUCAACAGCAUCAUCCCCAGAUACCAUUCAAAUGAUUCCUUCCGUCUAUUUUCCACCUCAUACCAUAAGACUUAUGAUGCAACAUCACAACACUACCAAUGUACAAAUGGAAUAUACCAUGGAUGAAAAAGAAGAUGUUGGCAAUGAUGUGGAUGUAAAACCUCGUGACGCGACCGGUGAUGAUAUGUAGGGAACACCAACUUGAACAAUUACCCUUAGUUUAGCAAUGUCACACACACAUACACACAAUAGUUUUAUACAAAUAGCAACAAUGUCCAUAGUUAAAACAAAAUUUAUAUUUCUUGCAAUAAAAAAAAC